UGAAUAGGAUGCACACCGUGAUACACUCCAAAUUGACAUUCAAAAAUGCGCUUAGUACUUUUCUGCGUCUUCCUCUACCUCGUUGAAGUGAUCCAAGCUUCGCCUACAACAAAUAUAACAAACACCACUGCUAACGAUAGUUUUACAGGCCCAUCAUUCACAACCAGAACCAUAUGGACCAUCACCUCCAGCUCCAUUCUCACGCUUUUUGCAUGCGUUUAUACUGCCAUCCACCCCAAUAUUCCGAGUCCUAAGCACAAAGGCUACCCUCAUAUCCUAUGGCGACAACUUGGCACGAUAAUGAUGGCGCUAAUCGCUCCUGAACUGAUAGUCACAUGGGCCAUGCGCCAGUGGCUCAGCGCUCAUGAAGUUACAAUACAGUUCGAGACAUCGGGGUAUCCCAACAUUCGUCCGGAGUCCGAAGAAAGCGUGUCUGCUGAAACACCUGAAACUGGAAAUCCCUUCGUUCACUUUUUUCUCCUCUGGCAGGAGGCUACAGGUCACCUGUUUCGCCUGUUUAUUGAAGGCGUAUUAUCUGUGCUGGUCUCUCUUUGGCAUUCCCUUUGUGCUCCUGUGAGGUGGACUGCAAGGUGGAUUAAGUCAGAGGAAUUCGAGCCUGACCCAGAAGGAUUUACCUGGACUCAGACGCACAGCUUCUUUGUGUUGAUGGGUGGUUUCAUGCUUUAUGUGAAUGGAGAACCCUAUUGUACACUACAACCUGAGCACAUUCGCAAACUGAUACGUCGAGGGUGUAUCGACGCCCCUACCCUAACGUCAGACCAGAUCGAUGACAGGAGCAAAGGCAAUGCGAUAUCGAAAGGAUUGGUUAUGCUUCAGGUCGCCUGGUUUGUUAUGCAGCUCAUCACCCGCGCCAUCUAUUACCUCGAAAUCACCAAGCUCGAAGUGGGGACACUCGCUUUCGCGGUUCUUAAUUUCCUGACUUAUGCUGUGUGGUGGCACAAGCCUCUCGGUGUGCAAUGUCCCCAUCCAGUGUACUGGAAGUCGACCGAGUCAGAGCUAAAGUAUUAUAACGAUGUCUGCUUUACAGGCGAAUCCGCUCCGCCUCAGCUCUUGCCUCGGGUCUUCCGCCCAAUUAUAGAACUGACAGGUUGGGCUGACAUUCCCACAUCCCGAAGACUCCAAGUUCAAACAUUUGAUGGCAGUAUCAAACUCAAAGUUUCGGACAGGAUGGUUCUUCAGCAAGCCGCAUUGUAUAUGGCAACCAUAUUUGGCGGCAUCCAUUGUAUGGCUUGGUUUUUUGCGUUCCCCACACAUCAGGAACAGGUGCUAUGGCGCAUGAGUGCCGUCGCUACAACUUGCACGCCGUGGCUUGGUUUGAAUGCCUACUUGGUCCGGGAAAUAAUCAAUUCAGUGCAGCGCUUACCAAAUUCAGCAAAGCACGUCAUCUGGGUUGUGAUUUGUUCUGCAUUUGCGAUGUUGUACAUCAUAGCUCGUGCCGUCCUCUUGGUACUUAUGUUCACCACUUUACGCGAUCUUCAUCCUGACGCAUACAAGGCGGUGUUGUGGACUAGUUUAGUGCCCCACUUGUAG